AUGUGGAGACUUCGCCAAGCCAAAGCAGCCCAAAGGGCGCAAGAAGAGCAGAAGGCCCAAGAACCUGAAGAACUCAAAAACCUCAAUUCUGCUAUCCAAAACAUGGCAACCGUCACCCAAGAGAAUAUCGACCAACAACUCGAAGCUUGGUACGAUUUUAUGAAGGAGGGCCACAUGGAAGCAGCAGAGGCUGCAGCCGAACUCAAUAAAAUCCUCCGAAAGCAUGGCGACCAAGACAAAAAUGGAUCGAUGGUCCUCCUAGUCAACACAGGCAAUGGAAACUUUGAACUUCUCACCUGCAUCCUUACGGCACCGACCAGAGACGACAUCCCAAAUGCGCCCCGAAAUUCGGCCCUCCUAGGGCUGGGCAAAUUCAUCGGAGUACUGGGCGAUCGCACUGGACAUCAAGACACCUGGCUAGUCACCAUUGUAGAUCCCAAGAAUGUGUUUGGCAAGCGCACAGAGAAAUUGGCUCAAUGGGAUGACAUUACCCCACCGAAUGACGAAGACAAUGGUGUCGGCCUUAAACCCCCCGACGAUGCCACUGAGGCAGAGUUCUACCCAUGUCUACCAAUCUUCGGUAUGCGACAUUCUGUACGAAGGCCUCUACCCCGCCAGUGA